UAUUACUACUUGGACGCACGCGGAAGGAAACCCGCCAUUGAAGCAAAUUCUCAACGUGAGUGUUUCGUUGAAGAAUAAUCUAUAACAAAGGUGCAAUUUUUAUCUUCUUAUACCUACCGUGGGUAUUUUUGUUGGAGGGAUGGCGUACCGAGGACAAGGACAGAAGGUCCAGAAGGUUAUGGUGCAACCCAUUAACCUCAUUUUCAGGUAUCUACAAAAUCGCUCAAGGAUCCAGGUCUGGUUGUAUGAACAGGUGAACAUGCGGAUAGAGGGCUGCAUUAUUGGCUUUGAUGAGUACAUGAACCUGGUUCUAGAUGAUGCUGAGGAGGUCCACAUGAAGACUAAGAACAGAAAGCCGCUGGGGAGGAUCAUGUUGAAAGGAGACAACAUUACCUUGCUGCAGAGUGUGUCCAACUAGGACAAUGGAGAUGCAUAAAAAUCUUACUUUUCCUAGAAAGAAAUAUUUUCCCCUCUUGUUUUGUUUUUGCAAAAGGUGUUGAGUACAUUUGUGUUUGUAUAACAUGAAUAUUGUAAUUGUUUCUCUCUGUCGUAUGGAUCCAUUUUGAGAAUAAAGUUUGUUUUUCUUA